CUACUGCUCUGUAUGUGUGUGCAUGAAUGUGUGAGUGCCUAGCUGUACUUUGGCUGGCGUCCCUCACUUUCUGUGUGCAAAUAGUAGCUGCACUGGAGUGGCACUAAAAAGGGAAGAAAGGGUGGGGUGGGGGGAAACAAGCUAUAGAAAGAAAAGGAGAGAGUCUGUCUAAAGUGUGCUUCAAAAGAAGCCUAUAUUUUCCAGCCUGGAAUGUCCUUACCUGCUUAUGCUGAACAUACUAUUUUCAAACAUUUCACAGAAGAUCAUUUUCCUUUUACAACUAAUACCUUUCAACAACUACAACAACAACAGCAUCCCAUUUCUUCAACAAUUUUGUUUUAGCUUUGGAAUUUGCAGCAGCGCAUGUGAUCUUUGGGUUAAGCCAUGUUAAAUUUGUAACAAGAAGGUCAGGCAUUUCAUACUUGGCUUCCAAAAAGAAAAAAGAGAGAGAGAGAGAAAGAAAAAAAGGACAAGGAGUGUGUGCAUGCAUACAGAAUUGGUCACCCUGGGAUUUAUUCAAGGGUACAAGCUGUUGACAGCGAAAACCUCAAGGAGAGCAAAGCUAGGGAGAUGUUUCUCAGACAGCUGUUUUUUAGGUAGACGGUGCACCUUGCAGAUUCACUUGCUGGGUCUUGAAGAUGACUGAAAUCAAUUGAAGAAAACACUGUGUGCGGAUUUACUUGAGACAAUGUUUCUCUUUCUCACAUUUAUUUGGCAUGUCGUCAGUACAGUAAGUUUGGUCAGUUUGUCAGCUCAAGAACAAUGGAGGUGUCCUAUUGGAUACCGGAAAGAAAAUUUCUCUUGCAAAGAUACUGAUGAAUGCUUAGAAAGUGGAGUUGGCAUCUGUGGUCAAAAUUUUAUCAAUACUCCAGGAUCCUAUAUGUGCUCUUGUAUGCCAGGCUAUACAUUGGCUAAUGACAAGAAGUCUUGUCAUAUAAGUGUUCCCACUCCAUUCCUAGUUUUCAGUCAAGGCAAUGCUAUCUUUGGAAUUGAGGUAGAUGGGACUAAUCACAAAAAACUGGUGAAUUAUACUGGCUUAUCAGUAUUAAUAGAUUACCAUUACGGCGAAGAACAUCUCUACUGGGUAGACACAGAAAAAGGUCUUCUCCAGCGAAUAUCCCUGAAUGGCUCAAAUCCAGAGACAAUUCGGUAUACUGAAAAAGACAUAUCUGGAUUUGCAGUAGACUGGAUAAACCAAAAUAUUUAUUUGGCUCAUUAUCAAGAGGCCACAAUUGAGGCAAUCAGCCUGGAUGGAAACUACUCUCAAAUCCUUGCAAAAGAUGAUGAUCAUCCCACAAGUAUUGCUGUUGAUGCAAGCAGAAGGAUUCUAUUUUGGUCUUCUGAAGGAGCCUUUGGCAGCAUCUAUGGAGCUGUUCUGAAUAGAAAAGAAGUUUGGAGAGUUCUGAGGAACAUUGGAAAAAUCCGAAGUGUCUCACUGGAUUUUCUUAAUCAGAAGCUUUUUUGGAUACAGAACAAUGAUGGUGAUGAUGAAAUUACAUAUAUCAGAUCCUGUAGCUAUGAUGGUAGUUCUGUUCAUUUGCACAAACAGAUCAUACGAAACCAAGUCUAUGACAUCUUUAUCUUUGCUGACCAUAUAUAUUAUUCUGACUCAACGGGUGCUAUCCGACAUGCCAAUAAACACACAGGCAAAGAUGUAGUUGCAAUGAACCUGCAGCCAGCAAGUUCCCAACCUGCUGAGAUACUGGUUGUACAUCCAUUAAAGCAGAUCAGCACGAGGAUGGAUUCUAAAACACUUGUUGAAAGGCCUUGUCUUUCAAACAGAAGAAACUGCAAGAGAAGCAUCUGUAAGCAAGACCCCAGGACCAGUCAAUGUGAAUGUAUGAGUGGGUUCACUUUAAGCAAAAAGAGGAAAUCAUGUGAAGAUGUCAAUGAAUGUGCAUUAUGGAACCAUGGUUGUACUUUAGGCUGUGUCAAUAUUCCAGGAUCCUAUUAUUGUACUUGUCCAAGAAAUUUUAUUCUGCUGUCUGAUAAGAAAACUUGUUAUGAACUAAUUCCCUGUACAAGCAAUUACAUUCAGUGCAGCCAUGGUUGUGGGCAGACACCCAAAGGGCCUGUUUGCUUUUGUCCUGAGGACUCAGUUCUCCAAGCAGAUGGAAGAACAUGUUUAGGAUCCAAGCCAUUUCUGUUGUUUGCAAACAGUCGAGACAUCCGCCGCAUUGGUUUUGAUGGAACAGAUUACUCAAGUAUUCUCAGCUGGCAGAUGGGAGCAGUCUUAGCUCUGGACUAUGACCCUGUUGAAAAUAAGAUUUAUUUUGCCCACACAGCCUUGAAGUGGAUAGAGAGAAUUAAUCUGGAUGGCACAGAUCGUAAAAAAGUUAUCCACGAAGCAACCCAGAGACCUGAAGGACUUACUGUGGACUGGAUUAACCGCAAAUUGUAUUGGACUGACCCCGGGAAGUUCUGUAUUGAAAGCAGUAACCUCAAUGGACGGCAGAGGAAAAUAAUUAUUCAGGGAGAGAUGUCUCAUCCACGAGGAAUUGCUGUUCAUCCUUUCACUGAGCAAAUAUUUUGGACUGACCUAGGCAUCAACCCAAAGAUUGAAAGUUCUUCCUUACAAGGUUCCAAUCGACGUAUUAUAGCAAACUCAAAUUUGCUGUGGCCCACUGGAAUAACUAUCGAUUAUUUUGCGGACAAAUUGUAUUGGUGUGAUUCAAGAAAAUCUGUGAUUGAGACCGCAAACCUAGAUGGUUCUAAAAGGCAGAUACUCACACAGAAUGAUGUAGGUCAUCCAUUUGGCAUAACAGUGUUUGAGGAUUAUGUUUGGCUCUCUGACUGGUCAAAGCCUUCAUUAUUGAGAAUGGACAAGAAGACUGGCCUUGACAGAGUGCGCCUUGGAGGCAGCAUGCUGCGACCCUCGUCACUGAUUAUUAUCCAUCCUUUAGCAAAACCAGGCCAUAUGUUUACAUCGAAGGAAGGUGGCCCAGCUAACAAGAUGUCUGUACUGGGUACAUUCCCCCAGUAUCCCUUGGCUAACAGUGCAUCCAGAGACAGCAUCAAACAAGAUCUACAGACAAAACAGGAGCUGACUGCGGAAAUCGUGGUGUCUAACCGGGACCAUUGCACAUGGUUGGGAUGUGACAUCAAUGCCCAAUGCAUUUCAAAUGAAGGUGGUGCUACUUGUCAAUGCCAGAUGGGGUUCGUCACAGAAGGCCAAUUGUGCUAUGAUCUUGAUGAAUGUGCUUCCAGUGUGGACCAGUGCAACCAGAGCUUGUCAAUGUGCAUCAAUACUGAAGGCAGCUAUUUUUGUGAAUGUCUUGUGGGAUAUACAGAAGAUGGCCUUCAUUGUCCUGAAUCUGCCAUACCUGCUACCACUGCGAGCAGAGAUAAGACAACAUCAUCUGAACAGGACAAUCCUAUUGACUGCCCACCAUCAUAUUGUCUCAAUGAAGGAGUCUGUGUUUAUUUUUCAGCUCUCCAAGCUUUUGCUUGCAAGUGUGAGAAAGGUUAUUUGGGAGAGCGUUGCCAGUUCAGUGACCUGGAGUGGUGGACACAACAGCAUGUGAUGCAAGCAAAGAAACAGAACAUUGCCACCGCUUCUUGCUUGGCUGUGUUGUUUAUGCUUCUCCUCCUUGGAGUUGUAACUUUCUACUGCUACAGUAGGCAAAAGAGGUUAUAUGGGAGGAAACCCUGUGGAGAACCAUUAAGAGAUCCUUGCAGCAGUGCCGGCGGUAGCAGCAAAAGCACCGACAGCGAAAAUCUUCCAACCAAGAAGCCUCAGUUAAUUGUUAUGAUGGAAUGUGAUGACAACAACAAAGACAGAUCAAGUGAUGAAACAGAUUGCAGUACGGAAGAACUUCGAUAUUUUUGCCUCUCAGAAGCCUCAUGAGCAAUGGAAACUUGGACAGAAAUGGGUUGCAGAGGAAGUAAGCGAUCAGGUCUCCAUCUCCAGCCACCCAGAAACCUGAAGUCUUUUGUAUCAGAGAACAACGAUGUUUGCGUGCACCAAAACAAUCUAUGAAGUGGCACCCGCUCCACAUUCACUCUGCCUCAUGCAGACAGCUUAAGACAGGCAGAUUAAAGACCCUCUCCACUAAGCUGAACAUAGGACACUGAGGCUCACAAAUAGUCACAAAGUAUAUUUUUUUGGAAACAAUUUUAAAAAGAAUUUUGAAAACAUCCAAAUGAAUGAUGUGCUGCUCAUUCAUACUGCAAAUCUCUGUGUUCAUAGAAGGGGAGUGAAUAUAACUGUCCACUUUACAAACGACAUAGGCUAACACAUCUUUGAUAAUAUGCUUCAAAGGUGACUUGUAGAAUCAAGCAUCAUGGAGUUGGUAAAGAUCACAAGGGCCAUCCAAUCCAUCAAGUAACAAGUAAAUGGACACCAGGAAGAGAACUGGGGUUGUAAUUGGUGCUUGUGACUCAUUUGAAUCAUGGUCAGAAUUAUUGUAUUGCAAUUAAUUUCUCCAGGUUCCAUUUUCAGGGGUGGGAAACACUGCCUUAAUAACACUCCAUGCUCAAUAUAAGAUUGGAAGAGACUGGAAACAACUUUUAUUAGUUAUAGUUCGCU